CCGUGCCUGGAAUUUAGUUUCCCUCCCUCCCAUCCUGCAUCCCAGCAGAGAAGGAUCCUCUUUCUGCGCUCUAGGUGGCUGUGGGGAGGGCUUCUAGCCCCACAUCCAUCCACAAUCCUUCCCCAAACCUUCCUGCCCCAAGGCCAAGAUUCAUCCAAGAUGGGAGUCAGUCGUGGCUGUUUGCUAUGUGUGAAAGUGAAGAUGUUUGUCUUCAACCUUAUCUUCUGGCUGGGUGGCUGUGGGGUGCUCGGCGUGGGAGUCUGGCUGGCUGUCACCCAGGGCCGCUUUGCCACCUUAUCCUUCUCCUUCCCGUCGCUGUCGGCUGCAGGGCUUUUCAUGGCUACCGGAGCCAUCAUUAUGGUUGUGGGCUUCCUUGGAUGCUUGGGGGCCGUUACGGAACAUCGCUGCCUGCUUCUGACGUUCUUCCUGGUUCUCUCCACUCUCUUCCUCCUAGAACUGGUUGGGUUGCUGGUAUUUGUCACCUGCCGAGACAAGUUUGACAGCUACGCUCAGGCCAACCUGAAGGAAGGGCUUAAGCUGUACAGGACGGAGGACAACCGGGGCCUCACCAAUGCGUGGGAUCUCGUGCAGACCGAGUUUCGUUGUUGCGGGGUGCAGAACUACACAGACUGGUUCGAGAGGCACAACAGAACGUGGGUGCCCGAGUCGUGUUGCUUGCAGCCCACUAACUGUCAAGCGGAGAGUGCUCAGCGACAGGAUUUGUGGCUGGAGCCCUGUUAUGUUAAAGUGAAACACUGGCUGGGGGAGAACAUCUCUGCAAUGGGCAUCUUUGCUGCCUGUAUCAUUGUGGUUCAGGUCUUGGGCAUCGUGUUCUCCAUGCUGAUGUACUGCCAGGUCCGGCAGGUGGAGAAAUAUUACGACUGAGUUGGUUCGCUCAUGUUCUUCAUCCCUCGGUCCCUGAAAGGGGUGUGUGCAGAUGAGAAGGGCAUUUCUGGAUCGGCUGGAGUUCUCUCCUGUAUACCACCCUGCCUCUUCCUUGCUCACAACCUUUUAGCCAAGCCUUGGGGCUUCUGCUAAGGCCAAAUCCCCACCAUUUACUCAAAUAUUUUAACCUGGACGGAGGCAGAUCCCCUCCUUCCCUUUUGCUGCCCAACCUCCCCAACUGGGGCUCUGUUUCCUCUCAUCAGCCUAAGUGUUCUUCCCAUUUUGUACCACACAGACCCUCCUUCUCACUCCAAUCCUGUUGCUUUUGUAUAUAAAAGAAUUAUACUGAGCACCAGUAAAACAAUCUGACAAUCUCCCCCAUCUCCUGCCAGUUCUCAUCUGAUGAAGAGAGCUGUGAUUCUUGAAAGCUUAUGCUACAGUAAAGUUGGUUAGUCUUAAUGGUGCUACUGGACUCUUUUCUAUUUCAAUAAAACAGUACAAUACUUUUCUA